AUGGGCUCUGGUGCCUCCACACCACCGGCAGCGACGUGCAGCCUUGCAUUUCAGCAACUCAUGGCCCAAUACCAGCUGCAUGGUCCCGACCCACAGCUGCUUCCCGCUGUCCGCUCGGCCAUGCGCGCACUCCACGUGCGCCCGGCCGACCGCAGCUAUCGCAGAGAAUUCACCGAGAACUACGUGAGGCUCUUGGGCCAGGAGGUGAACUAUCGCCCUGAGAUCCUCACGGCGGCCUUGCAGCACGACCCGGACUUGUGGGUGAAUGGGCAUUUGCACCACAUCAGCCCGUGGACUCUGCAGAUGGGCGAAAUGUUAUCCAGGUGCUUCUUGCAGCUGUGCCAACUUCUGGCACAGGCCGCGCCACGUGGCACCCCACCCCCCACUGCCCGCGCCGCGCUCGACUUGCCGGCGGCGGCUCAAGUGCUGCGGGCGAUUUCACUCUUCGAAAGCCACUGGGUGCUGUAUGAGGAGGCCUACAUCAAGGACCUCAUCCGCAUUGAGACCUUAGCACGACGGCCCCUAGAGCGUGCCGUGGCACUGGAGCUGCAGCUGUCGAAGCUGGAGCGACGAGAGAACUGGGAGACGCAGAAGGAGACGCGCCAAAGGCUGAAAGCUCCAGUGGUUCUUCCCUUGGACUCCGCAUCUCUGCAGCCGCCCAACCGCCGCGCCGCCGUGUCCACCGAGAGCGGCUCCGUGCAGCUGUCGCUGCCGCAGCACCCGCGCGUGGUGAGGAACGUCUCAUCCGAUUUGUCGGUCUUCGACUUGAGCGAGUGCCCCCGCUCUCGCCAGCAGACCCUCAGUGGCGAAGCACCCCUGGUCAUGCCGGCGGCGGCCAGUGCGAGCGCGCCGCCGGUUUCAACGGACAGCGCGGUGGAGGCAUCAGCAGCUCCCAGCACUGUUGCGCUCUAUGACCUGGCUGUCUCCGCGACCUCCAAGCAUGGCAUGAGGCGUGCCUUUCUGCACGACCUGCUGGUGCGCGUCGGUGAAUUGAACGCUUGUGCCAAUGCGCGUGGCAAGGGCCGCAGCGACUUUUCCAUGGAGGUCUUGGAAGUGGCAGCCAAGCUCUACCUCUCCCAGGACGGGCGCGAAGCCAGUUCGGCAGAGCGUGUGAAGAAGGCCUUGGCGCGCAUGGUGUUGGAAGGCUUCUUGGCUUUGCGCCACUUCUUCGCCGACAUCUCUUCGCAGAUGUUGUGGAUCGACCCACAACUCUCGCACAACGAGGACUUACAGCAAGUGCUGAUCGCUUGGGAGGAAGCCUGGGAACUCGGCUCCACCUUCCUUGCGGCACCUCAGCUAUGCCAUGCCCUGUGCGGCGUCGCGGCCCAGAUGGCCGCCAUUGCUGCGGGUCCUGCUGCGCCAUCGAUUGACUUUGCACAGCUGUUGGAGGAUCAAUCUCCCGAGCUCUUUAUGAUCCUGCCAAGGCUGGUGCUCCUUUGGGGCCUGAGGGAUGCGACCCUUCUGCCGCUGGCUGCCAGCCUGCUGCCGGAGCUACAGGCUCUGGGUGAGAAAUCAGGUGAGGCUGAGGCAGCUGAUGGCGGAAGGACGGGGCCUGCGCAGCUGCUGGCCUUCCACGCCGCAGUGCAAACGGCUCCGGAGCUACUGGCAGCAGUGCUUCGAGGUCCGAACAGCGUCGAAGGGCAGAGCGAGGACAUCGAGGCCUUCCUCCGCGCGUUGGAGGCCACGAGUCUUCAGCUCCAGCGACGGGAGCCUCAAAAGUGGAAUCGCUGCAGUAGCGUGCUGCUGCGCUGCAUGGCCUUUGCAUGA